CCCGACCCCGACCCAGCAGACGACGCGCCGCGCGCCUGCGCACGGUUUCCCCAUGUGUUCUCCAGCCGUCAGCAGGCCCAGCUGAGCAGCAGCCACGGACGUUGCUUGUCACCGGCGCGGCAGCCUCCCCCGCCUGCUGUUGCCCUCCUCCCUCGGUGGUCUGUCAGCACAGCGCACGUCGCCAUGGGUAAGAGCCGGACGAAGCGCUUCAAGCGACCUCAGUUCUCCCCUACGGGCGACUGUCAGGCCGAGGCGGCUGCGGCGGCGAAUGGGACCGGAGGCGAGGAGGACGACGGGCCAGCGGCGGAGCUGCUGGAAAAGCUGCAGCACCCGAGCGCCGAGGUCCGCGAGUGCGCCUGCGCGGGGCUGGCCCGGCUGGUGCAGCAGCGGCCGGCACUCCCGGGCCUGGCGCGCCGAGACGCCGUGCGCCGCCUCGGGCCGCUGCUUCUGGACCCUAGCCUGGCCGUCAGGGAGACUGCAGCCGGCGCGCUGAGAAAUCUCAGUGCUUGUGGAGGUUUUGAAGUUUGUGAUGACAUGGUGACUAAGGAUAUCAUGACCCCUCUGGUUGUGCUGCUAAAAGAGUGUAGUGCUGGACUGGAUUCAAAUGAGAUGUCCCUGCAGGAGAAAAAAGAUCAGAACAGAAAUUCUGUUGAGAACAUAGCCAAUGAGGCUGUGAACGUGCUGUGGAAUAUAUGUGAAUGCAGUAGUAGAGCAGUGUCUAUAUUCAACAAAGAAGGGUGUUUGGAGAUUGUGUUAAAGUAUUUAAGUAGGUUUCCUACCAAUGUUGACCUGGCUAUUUCAGUAGCAUAUUGUUUGCAGACAGUGACCGAGGAUAACCCAGAGCUGCUGAAGUCUUUCAGUGCUACAGCACUGAACGUGCUGGAAUCAGCACUGCUUUCUCCUGUUAGUUCCAUGGAAUCCCUUCUAUUGAAGACAUUGGUAGCAGGCACAAUUUGGAAUCUAAAGGACAUUAUUCCAUGCAAGAGUCAAGCAGAAAUCAUAAAUGCCUUACUAAAGAUCUUAUCUGAAGUUUUGGGAAUGGAUGCUGGUGAAACAGUUAUUCAAAUGAAAGAGACUGAAACGCAAAGGUUAAAAACUGCUGCAGAGGCUGAGGAAAUAUUAGAGAACACUAAUGGGGAUGAUUUGAUUGAAGAUGAUGAAAUGGAAGGAAUUUCUCAUAAGAGAAAAGUCAGAAGGAAAACUUUCGUUUCAGAUUUACUUCCGCCCACUGACAAGGAGCUGAGAGAGACUAUAGCAUUGCUGACAGCUCAACAGACUGCUCUGGAAAUUAUCGUCAACAUGUGCUGCAAUGAAGAUCCCUCUGAUGACGAAUGGGAAGAACUUUCUAGCAGUGAUGAAAGUGAUACAUUUAUGGAGAAUUCCUUCAGUGAGUGCGGGGGACAGCUGUUCACUCCCCUCUGCCUCUCCCAUGAGGUUCACACUGCUCUCACCAACUACCUCAUCCCAAAGAAGAUUUUUGAGAAAACUGCCUUUCCAAACAGCAUUGCAGUUGACCUAUGUUCUAGGAACCCUACUUGGAAACCUUUGAUUAGAAAAAUGAACACUAUUCAGUGCAGAGCCCUCUUCUGUCUCCAGAGUCUUGUGUCCCUCCUGGAUGUGGAGCACCUGGGAGGAGCCGCAGCCCUUCAGACGCUUGCACAGCAUCUGUCACAGCUGCUUUUUUCUCAGCCAGAUUUUGCUAAACAUGCUGACUUUCUAGAAGCCAUAAGUAGUGCUUUGAGGGCCCUUUUGCAAACAAUGGCCUCCAAGAACAUUUCCCAGUGCAUGACUCCUGAUCAGCUGAUGACAUUAUGCAAAGCAGGCAUUCAUAGUAGUAAUGUCGGGGUUAGAGUGAAUGUCGUUAGCAUUUUAGGAAUCACUGGCAGCGUCCUUGCCAAAGAAGAUGGUACACUUGAAACUCUUAAGAAUAUUGGGUGCUUUCUGCUUGAGGUUACCACCAAAGAUCCUUCCCUUGUGGUAGCAGGAGAAGCUUUGGAUGCCCUCUUUGAUGUUUUUGCAGAUGGUAAAGAAGCCGAAAGAGCCUCGAUUGAAAUUAAAUUAUUAUCUGCUCUGAAAGAAUUCCAGCCGGUCUUUAAAAUGAAGAUACGUAAAGAAGGGAGAGGUAACUGUAGCACAGAUCAGCUGUGUGUUCUUGACAAUGUGAAAAUGAAUUUGAGAAGAUUUAUUGCUUAUCAAGAAACUGUUGAGAAAAGACUGACUUCUUAAUCCCAAAAAGAAACAGUUCUUCCCCCAAAGUAGUCAAUGCUCAGAAUACUAAAAGGUUUUCUUUGAAUGUAUGUGUUUCUGAAAGUCCUCUGUUAAUGCUUACAUUCUGUACAUUCUGUAAAAACUUCAAAACCUGGCCGGGCGUGGUGGCUCACGCCUGUAAUCCCAGCACUUUGGGAGGCCCGGGUGGGUGGAUCACUUGAGGUCAGGAGUUCAAGACCAGCCUGGCCAACAUGGUGAAGCUCCAUGCAUGAGCAUGGUGGCAAAUGCCUGUAAUCCCAGCUACUCAGGAGGCUGAGGGAGGAGAAUCGGUUGAACCUGGGAGGCGGAGGUUGCAGUGAGCUGAGAUCACACUACUGCACACAGCCUGGGUGACAGAGGGAGACUCUGUCUCCAAAAGAAAAAAGAAAGAAAAAAAAAAAAAAAAAACUUGCAAAACCUGUCAGAAACUCUGUUGGUUUUUUUGUUGUUGUUGGUUUUUUCUUUUUGUUGCUGUUGGUUUGUUUUGAGAUGGAGUCUCACUCUGCUGCCAGGCUGUAUUACAGUGCCGCGAUCUUGGCUUACUGAAACCUCUGCCAUUCCAGGUUCAAGUGAUUCUCCUGCCUCAGCCUCCCGAGUAGCUGGGAUUACAGGCACCCACCACCACACCUGGGUUUUUUUUUUUUUUGUUGUUGUUGUUGUUGUUGUUGUUAAGUAGAGACGGGGUUUCACCAUGUUGGCCAGGCUGGUCUUGAAUUCCUGACCUCAAGUGAUCUGCCCGCCUUGGCCUCCCAAAGUGCUGGGAUUACAGGCAUGAGCCACUGUGCCUGGCCAGAAACUUUUUUAAGCAUUGAGCUCUGUGUGCCGUUUCUAGCGCUCUCUAAAUUAUGUCUCUGGCAUAUUUUAAUCACUGGAAAUUCAAAGAGUGGAAGAGUGGAAGUGCAAAGGAAUCUCAGGUAGCUCUUAACUAAUUCACCAGCGGUGAAGAAACUUCAAACAAUCAUGUUUUCCUUGAAUUUUGCAAAAAAAAGAAAAUCCAAAGCAUUGCUUGGAUGGUCUUUUAAGGCAUUUUAUAUCAGCUGAACCUUAAACUGAAAUAUGAAGACAAGCUUUAUAAACUAGUUUUUUUAUAUGAAGUAUACCGCUUAUGUCUGCCUUUUGUGAAGAAGUGAAUGAGUUGAAUUUGUGUUUCACUUACUAGAUUAUACUAAUGAGCUAAUGGGGUCAUUGCCAUCCUCCCUACUCAUGACUUUGAUGAUUUAUUGCUGUAAUACCACUUCUUGAUUUAAUCUGAUAUGGAAUCAGAAUUGGGAGAAGGUAUUUUUAAAUAAACAACUUUUUGAUGGAAA